GACAAUUGCUGUAGAGAAACCAGGGCCGUCCUAGCACUGUCGGCUCUAACCGACCCUGUGGCUGGGCAAAGCCUCUCCACAGGCAAAGCCUCGAACCCAGACCCCACGGGACGGGAUGUCAGUGAAAGGAAACAGAACAAGGAUGAUUCACCGACCUGGAGUCGAUUUGCUCAGCGCCUGCUAAGGCCUGGUUGACCCUGGGGAUAAAAGCAGUGUCAGGGAAGCUUUGAAACAGUUCAAUCGAACACACCCCCGACACAGCCUGGCUGAUUGGGGUCUUCGGGCAAAAUUCACAAUCCAAUUAUUUUUGACAGGAGUUUUUCCUGAUCACCCCACGUAGCCAAACCGCGCCUGAGCUGUAAUCCAGUGAGCUGCUUUGAAACUGUCCUUACGAAGGGCUCUGCCGGCACCGCCAGACCCAGUGCGAACAGGCCUCAGUUACCGGUGGCUGCAGAAAGGUGAACGUGUCCCCUGGUUUGGAGUCCACGAGUCUUUCAGAGAGAGAAAAGAUGCUGGACGAGUCGUCUUCUGCUGAGGAGCCAGAGCCAGACCUGGGUUCCCAGGAAACCCAAAUGAAACAAAACAGAACAACCCACGUGCCCAUCACCCCCCAGGGUGGAGAGAGCUGCACAAUCUGCCCUACAGGUUUGCUGUCUGGGUUGAAACCAUGGGCCCGUCGCUGGGCAGUUCCGAGUGUGGUUCUCAAUCUCAUCCUGAGCAUCCUCCUCCUCAUCGUCACCAUCGCACUGUCAGCAAAGAAACCUGAGCCGUGUCUAGCUGAUCCCACCUGCCCAGACGGCUGGGUCAGGCACCUGGAGAAGUGUUACUUUUUCUCACAGGCUGAAGGGAGCUGGACCUACAGCCAGAGCAACUGCUCUGCCCUCAGUGCCUCCCUGGCGGCGAUUGACACCCAGCACGAAAUGGAUUUCCUGAUGCGCCAUAAAGGACCCUCUCACCACUGGAUUGGCCUCCGGAGGGAACCGGGCCAGCCCUGGAUGUGGACCAGUGGCACCGAAUUCAACAACUGGUUUCCAAUAGUGGGAGGAGGCCUGUGUGCUUUUGCAGAGUAUGGCGAAAUUGUCAGUUCAGGCUGCUCCAGGGAUAGACGCUGGAUCUGCAGCAAAGCAGCAGAGAAACCAGCAGGCAGAGCAAAGUGACUGACCCUGGAUGCGCCGGGCCUUGUCCUGUCAGUGGGGCUGGGCCCAGCUGCCUCAGCGCGAGGGGAACUGGACGGGGCUGGCGAAGGGGGACAGCCCAGCAGCAAGGAAGAGAGACGCUCGCUGAAGGACAUCAGGUAGCUCCUCCCCUUGGAGCCUCUGGCCCCCGUUGGCCCAUUGGGGACUGGGGUGAGGGUGCGGAUUGGCCGGCAGCCCCCAGCUCACUCUCUGGCACAGAGACAGGAACCUUUUGACUUGGAAAUCAGAAGGGGAGCAGCCAAGCUGCUGUGUCCCUCCUGUCAGGGGCCCAGGGCAGGAGCCUGGCCCGGGCUGUGGCUAGAGCCAAUGUACCGGCUGGGGCCAGCGGGAGGUGCUGUGACCCCUGCAGCCAUAGAAUCAUAGAAUUCAAGAUCAGAAGGGACCAUUAUGAUCAUCUAGUCUGACCUCCUGCAAGAUGCAGGCCACAUAAGCCGAUCCACCCACUCCUUAAGCAAGCGACCCCUACCCCAUGCUUCGGAGGAAGGCGAAAAACCUCCAGGGCCACUGCCAUGGGAUGAAGGGGCCGGUGUGAACCCUGCAGCCUGGGCCAAGGACGCAUGAACUCUGCUGUACAGCGAGAAGGGCUGUUGUGCAGGCCCUGCUGAGCGCUGGGGGACCGUGAAGAGACGCCGUGGACAGAAGGGGAUUGCUGGGAUGUGCUAGGACAGAGGGGUGUGUGUGUAAAAUUAUUUGUAUAAUAAUACACCAGUUCCCACAAGGGAAACUUUUUUAUUUUGUAAACUUAAAUCCUCAUGUGAAUGGCUCCUCCCAACUGAGCAGGGAAACUGAGGCAGCAGCUGCAUCCUCCCACCAGGGCUGUGAGAACCCCUCCCCACACGGACUAAUGAGCUGACUCCCUGUGUGUCUUUUCCUGUCAUCCUCCCUGUUUCCCCUGUCUGCUGGGGAGGGGCUCCCUGAAAUGAGGGAAAACUCUGCCUGAGGGGGUGAUGCCCCCUAGUGGAAGGGCACUUCUCUCACUGGGCUUUUCUCUGGACUCUGCCUAUAAAGGGCCUGCUCUGCACUGGUGUCGCUGCCCUGGGGAAGAAGAACAGGUCUGUCAUGAGCGCACUGGCACAGGGAGGAGAGAGAUCAAAGAGCCGGCCUGUUCUCUCUCUCUCUCGCCAGGCGCAACCCCCAGGCACAAUUCCUGAGGAGACAAAGUGCGAACAGUGACACACACGCACCCUAACCCUGUGCUAAGCAUCAGGAAGAUAAAAAGAUUAUUUGUCUGACAUCAGCAGUGAGAGGCUCCACCUGAGAUCCGGGCCCCGUUGUGCCGGGUGC